ACUCGGUCCGUAACUUACAGUAUGGACCUCGACCAAGAGGUAUGAAUAGGACGAGGAGACGCGCGGAGACGCGAUAAGGACGAGGAUGAUUUUUGUCGCAGCUCUUUGCUCAUCCCCACGCGGCUGAUCCCAAGGCUAAACCUUAGAAAAAUGAGAGAAUAUCCGUAGUCUGUGUGGAAAACCACUAAAUAAGCAAUCUCAUAGCGGAAGACCACGAUCUCUUUAGUCAAAGCCUUGUGGGUGCUCACGGGAAUCCAAGUGCUCGGUCGAAAGAGACUGGAAAAUAGUCGCUGGUCCAGCGGUUUCAUUCCAUAGCAAGAAUUGCUCUGUGUAGUUGUGGUCCUGGCCUGUGGACAGGUAAACCACAUGCAAUCAGCGAAAUGAUUCUGGAAUUUUAGACCAUUUCUAAAACCUAUAAGGUUUUUAAACUUUGCAGGGAAACGAAAUGGGGAAAAGAGAUAACCGAGUGGCAUAUUUGAAUCCUGUUGCCAUGGCACGGGCAAAUAGACCUGCCGUGUCUGGACCAACAAUAAGGGAUUAUCUUAACAGAAAUAGACCAACACUGGAUGAGGUGAAAGAAAUGAUAAACAAAAAGAAAACAGGUUCAGAGACAUUAGCUGCAUAUGAGGAACAUUUAAACCAGAAAUUUAGAAGUGAGCUAAAGAAAAACAGGGAGAAAGUACUGGGUGCCUCAGAAGGUUCCUCAAAGACAAAGAGGAAAGGGAAAAAGAAGUCAAGUAAGCGUAAAAAGAGAAGGCAUCCUUCCUCUUCUUCAUCAUCUACUUCAACUUCUGAAAACAGUGAUUCUGAGGAAGACUACAAGCAAAGAAGAAAAACUAAAAAGAAGAAAAAGAAGAGGAAACGUACAGAGAGUAGUGCUGCAGAUGAGCCCAGGUCAAAAAAGAGAAAGAGAAAAAACAAUGAUGAAGACUCUUCUUCAUAAACUGAUGGCAGCAGACCUAGAAGACACAAAGGGGUCAUCUUAGCUUUUAAGACAGUGUGAAAUUCUAGUUGAACUCUGGUGGAGUUUUUCACACCAUUAUUGUACUGGCUGUACCUUGAGCAAAAUGUUUUGACUUUUCAAAGGGAGUGACGACGUGUACCUCACCAGUCAUAUAUGGACAGUUUGUAAAGUAAUCAGAGAACAGAAAACCUCUGCAAGUAGACUUUGUUAGUCUGGAAGAAUUUAAGGUACCGGUACUACGAAUCCGAGAUGUAGGCAAGUUGAACACAAGAUUUUGAACUGUUUGAAACACAAGGAAAUGUUUAAUUUUCCAUUACGAUAUAUCACUCUUUUGAAUUGUCAAGGAAAGGAAAUGGCUGUGCUGCUAUCCUUUUCAUCAUGUAAUUAUUGACCACACUUUUUUACUUCACGUAAUUCUCCUUUAAAACUGGAUUAGCUUAUGAUGAACUAGGCUCAAUUUCCACAAGUUUUGUACACCCCAGUUCCUCAACACACUAUUGUAAACAGAGUGAAAACUGGACUUGCACAACAGCUGUAAAACAGAGCUAAAUGAUAAUUAUACUUUUAGCAACAGGGAGAGAGGUUUAUCAUUGUACUAUACAAACUCAAGAGAUGCUCAAUUUUCUGUUGAUAAUUUUUAUAUUUUGACAAAUAUAAUUAUUUCUAGGCAAAACUGUAUAAAUAAUCAUAAUCCAUAAUGAAAACAAAGCAUACACGGUAUUUUUAGUGUCAGUCAUUAAUAACAAAUCACGUCUUGCAUAUAGAACUAAAAAGUAUUUAACGCAGGUAAUAAAAUCUAAGCAAUUCUAUCUGAACCUCUUUGAUUUACUUGUUGUGACUGAGUACAAUUUUACAAACAGUGAAUGCUGUGGAAUGGAAAUUAUAAUACUUGUAUGUACUUAUGGCAUUUUUGUCUUUAAAGACAAUAAAAGGAAAUUAAAAGAAAGCUAUGCAUUA